AUGGAUCGUCAUCUAAAUGAACCGUUGACCGUCGAUGAGCCAUCGCUCACCCCGAACGUGUCGUCCAACCUCAAACCAUUCCCCUCUCAGAGCAGUAAAAUGUCCACUCCCGUGACCGACCACAGGAGAAGACGCUCCUCCAGUGUGAUAUCGCAUGUGGAGCCGGAGACGUUUGAAGACGAAAACGACCAGCAGAUGCUGCCCAACAUGAACGCGACGUGGGUCGACCAGCGCGGGGCCUGGUUGAUUCAUAUCGUCGUUAUUGUGCUGUUGAGACUCUUUUACUCCUUGUUCCCCGGGUCCACGCCCAAAUGGACGUGGACGUUCACCAACAUGACCUACAUCAUUGGGUUCUACGUCAUGUUCCACCUCGUCAAAGGUACACCCUUUGAAUUCAACGGUGGGGCGUACGAUAACCUGACUAUGUGGGAACAGAUCAACAACGAGACCUUGUACACGCCCACCAGGAAGUUUUUGUUGAUCGUGCCCAUCGUACUGUUCUUGAUCAGCAACCAGUACUACCGUAACGACAUCACGUUGUUCCUCUCCAACUUGCUCGUCACCGUCUUUGUCGGUGUCGUGCCCAAGCUGGGAAUCACUCACAGACUAAGAAUCUCCAUCCCAGGUAUCACGGGACGUGCCCAAAUUAGUUAA